AUGGCGGAGCGUAUUCUAAUGAACGAGUUCAAGGCCCUGUCAAAAGAGAAAUGGGUUCAUAUUGAGUUGAACAAUGAAGACAUCUUUUGCUGGAACGUCGCGCUCAUUGUGCUAAACCCCGACUCACUGUACUACAACGGUUACUUCAAGGCUGUCAUGGAAUUCCCGAAGAACUACCCAUACUCGCCUCCAAAGUUCCGUUUUAACCGCUCAAUUUGGCACCCAAACAUCUAUACCAACGGCAACCUCUGUAUCUCGAUCCUCCACACGCCCGGCGAAGACGAACAGUCCGGUGAACUUGCGGCCGAGCGAUGGUCCCCCGCCCAGCGCGUCGAAUCUGUUCUUAUAUCCAUUCUCUCACUUCUGGACGACGCCGAAUGCUCAUCCCCAGCCAACGUUGAUGCGGGCGUACAACUCCGCAUGGACCCGAACGGGUAUCGGGCGCACGUGCGCCGCGACGUCGAAUUGUCAAAGCAAGAUAUCCCCGAGGGAUUUGUGAUGCCCACUUUUGAAUCGACCUUGGCCAAACCCAAUGCCGAAAAAGACGAUGUCAAAGAGGACAUGGACUUUUGGGCCGAUAGUGAUGUGGACGAGGAUCCUUUUGGUGGUAGCGAUUCAUCCGACAUGGGCGGCGAUGACGAUGACGAUAUGGAAUUCCUCGAUGACGACGAUGAGGACGAGGACGAGGACGAGUCGGACGACUGA